CCACGAUAUUGCAAUAAAAAAAAGAAUAAGACGCUGGAAAUAUGGGUAAAAAGCAAACAGCUCAGACCUUACUAGAGGCAGAUACGUUUUACAUUGAGGAAGGAUCACAACAACAAUAUGCUCGAGUCCUAGGACCUCGUGGCAAUCAUCAGCAUGAAGUGCAGUUUGUCAAUGGCGAACAGACACUGGUCACGCUUCCACCACGAUUCCGCAAUUUGGUGUGGGUGAAAAGAGGACAUUACGUGGUGGUCGAUCCAUCGUCUGGCACAACUUCGGAAAAAGUCGGCGGAGAGAUCGUUCAUGUCCUUUUCCCCAAACACAUUAAACAACUCGAGCAAGACGGGAAAUGGCCCAGCGAGUUCUCCAAAGAUAAAACGGCAUCGUCUCCUGCCAAACCAGAACGCACUAAUGAUGAAGACGAAGAAGAGGAGGAAGACGAUCUGUUAUUUGUGAACAACAAUCGACCUAUCAUUUACGAAACAGAAAGUGAAGACGAAACCAGCGAUGAAGAAUAACUCAAUGUUCAAACAGAUCCUUCCGUCAUAAAUACUGCCGCAUUUCUUUUUUCUUCCAAUUCAUCCCGGAAAUCAUACUCCACAAAAAAAGUCAUCAUUAUAUCUUCCCAUUUUCAUCAUCAAGUCCCUCCAGCUGCUUUUUGUACACCCGAAUAAAAAGAAAUCCA